AUGGAGGCAUAUCUUCAGUACCAACGGAUUCGGAAAUCCGUACAACAGCACUUGGCAGAGCUGAAAGAUAAUUGCAGCUGUCCGAGCUACCCCAUCGGCGCUCAUCAUGGCCCCAACUGCAAACUGAGCAGCUAUUGCAGUACCCAGGAGAAAAUACCUACCGAAUCGAUGGCCCCUGACGCUGCGAUUCUUGUAGACUGGGACGGACAAGAUGAUCCUUUGAACCCCGCAAAUCAGAGCACAUCGCGGAAGCUCUUUAUGACCUUCUUGGUCUCAUUGAUUGCAGUGGCCGUAACUGCUGCAUCGGCGAUCGAUGCUUGUGGAGUCAAGGAGUAUAGCCAAUACUUCCACGUAUCGGAAGUUGUUGGGUCUCUAGCGACAGGUCUGUUCCUUAUCGGAUUUGCAUUUGGUUCCCUUCUCUCGGGCCCUUUCUCAGAAACCUUCGGGCGUAAUGCCAUAUAUUCAACAACAAUGCUCCUCUUCUUAGUCUUCGUCAUGGCAUCAGGACUAGCCCCAAACCUCCACAGUCACCUUAUCUUUCGUUUCUUUGCCGGCCUCUUUGCUUCCACUCCGCUAACCUGCGCCGGUGGUACGGUUGCCGACUUAUGGAACCCUCUAGAAAAGACCUAUGCUUUUCCAGUUUACGCUAUACCUGCAUUUAUCGGGCCCAUGAUCGGCCAAAUAAUGGGAAGCUACAUUCCAGUCACGCUAGGCUGGCGCUGGCUUGAGUGGAUAAUGCUUAUCAUGGGCGGGGUAGUUCUGACUCUGGUCCUGCUAUUUCAACCCGAGACAUAUGGCAACCUAGUUCUCUACUGGAAGGCUUCCAUCCUUCGAAAAGAGACCGGUGAUGAGAGAUACAGGGCUCCCAUGGAGAUCAAUCAGAAGGGCCUGGGCCAGCGCUUGAGGAUCUCCGUGUAUCGGCCAUUUGCGAUGUUCUAUUCGGAGCUAAUCAUCAUCUUGAUGUCGCUAUAUCUGACCAUUAUUUAUAUCGUCCUCUUCACUUUUCUCGAGGGGUAUGCCUACAUCUUUGGCGACACAUAUGGCCUCUCCGAAGGACUGACCAACCUUUGCUGGGCUGGGAUGCUUGUUGGGACUUUGCUGGUUAGCGGCGUGGUGCCGGUAGUUUACAGCUGGACUUCGAAGGCGUAUGCUCGAGAUAAGUUCACUAUUGCUCCUGAGAUGAGACUCUGGUAUACUAUGCUUGGUGGUGCAGUGGCAGUGCCGAUCAGUCUGUUCUGGAUGGGUUGGACAAGCAAUCCAAAAAUCUCAAUCUGGUCUCCUCUCGUCGCGUCAGUCUUUUUCGGCUAUGGUAUAACCACCAUCUUCAUUGUUGCAUACAUGUAUCUCAUUGAUUCCUACGAUACAUAUUCGGCCUCUGCAUUAGGAUUUCUCGUGUUCACGCGAUAUGUGGUUGCGGGAGGUGUAACUGUUGCGGGUGGCCCCAUUUACGAGGCGCUCGGCGUGCAGUAUACCCUGACUAUUCUGGGGUCUAUCAGUGCAGUUAUGGCAUUGGUACCUUAUCUGCUUUAUUUAUAUGGGCCAAUGAUCCGCAAGAAGAGUAAAUAUGCGGUGAAUAUUGACACCGAGUGA